GUUUGGGAUGGUGUGUGCUUGUGAGGUUUGUGCGGCUGGAGAGGAGGAGGAGGACCGUAGUGAGGGGGGAGAAGAGCAUGAGGAAGGUGGAGAGGAGGGGGAAGAGGAUGAGGCGAUGGAAUCUGAGAUUAACGAACUCGGUAAGCCGGUUCUGGCAUUCGAGGAAACUGAUGGCGUUGUGAGGGCUGCGGAUGGAAUAGGGCAUACGAAUAAUGCUUCGACGCCCUCUACUCGACCGACUCUCAUAGUAAAGCUGAGAAGGUCGGUCAUUCCGGCGCCUAGGCACGAGAACGAAGUCGGCAAAGCUUCCAAAAAGGGGGGACCCAAGGACAAUAGCAAAAAGCAUCGUCAAGCUUCCUCGUUGUGGGAAACUAAGCCAGAAGGGAGCUCUGCCCAUUCUAUCAAGAGACAGAAAACUGGCUGAGUCGCGAUUGUCGGGCGGUAGGUAGACCAACGCACUCUUGCCGCGCAAGGCGACUUCUUGGCCAUUGGUGUUCUAGCGAUCCUAAUCGGUUCUCCUUGUUUCGUUGAGAAUCAGUAACACUGAAUAGUCUAAGAAGCAUCCGUAUCACCUUUCAAAUAUCAACUCUUUUUGGAAUAGAUAGAGAUUUGAGAAAAUUUAUUUACGCUGU